AUGAAAUGGACACGUGACGGAGGGGAGGGCGUGAAUGACGGGCGUGUGAGGGGACAUGGUGAAUCUGGAUGGCUGUUCCGGCCAAGUUGCCCACCGGCGGGUUUUACAGCCCAUUCCAGUCUGGGGUCACACUUCAUGCGUAUUGUUCCACAGACUGGCCGUCUCUUCGGUACCACCUUUUCAUCUGUUAAUGGCUUCUUUUGCGGAGCACCAUGUGCUCUGGUACCCGGUUCGCCGUCUGAAGCGGAGCCUGAGGGGCGUUAUGGACGGCACACUCAUAAAUGGCUCUCUGUUCGUCUGCACAAGUACCGGCUGAGGCCAUCAUUAGGCGGUAGGUUCUCGUCCAGUCCUGACCUUGAGUCGACGCCGAAUGCUUCACAGAAGUGGAGACGAAUGUGCGUCUUCAGGUUGUCUACAAGCCGACUUCGAGUCCCGACUGACGUGGAAAGCUCAUUUGAAGGCUUUCCACGGAUUCCGGCCCUAUCCUAUACAUUAUCAUGUUUUUUUAUUAGUGACAUAUAUCACACACGAAUGAAGGAGAAAAUGUGUUUCAUAGCCACUUUCACGCAACCGUCAAAUUCACAUGGAACCCCGUGUUUGCUGAAAUUGUCUACCCGAUGCUUGUAA